AUUUGGAAUGCGAAGUUGUCAACAAAACGAAAAAAACAGCAACAAUAUAAGCAAAGCAACAACAAAUCAAGUAAUUUAUUUCAGGAAGAUCGAAAAAGUACUGGCAUCGCACUCAGCAACCGGCUGUUGAAAAAAAUAGAAAAAUCUAAAAAUUUUCAGUAAAAUAGUUAAAUAAAAAACUGUCUAAAUAUGCUACAAUGCGAGGAACUGAAGGACGAAGAAGGUCCCUCGAAUACGCUGGAACAGUUCACGGAAUUGGAGCAAAUACUGGGUAUGAUCGAUACAAUGAAGGCCUGCGAUGCGCCAGGCUUCGAAAGGGAUUACCAGCAGUAUACGGAAUUAUUGUCAAGAUACCAGGAGCAGCCACAUUUGCUGGAUCCUCAAUUGGAUGUGUUAUUGCAGCGACUGUUGGCAAUAGUACGCAAUAAGGCUUUGCCGGAAGGUUUAAUUCAUUCCGCAUUCAAGUAUAUGUACAUUAUUAGUAAAGUGCGCACUUAUAAAGUGCUGGUGAAAUUUUUACCGCAUGAAUUGAGUGAUCUGGAAUUCGCCUUGGAAAUGCUCGAGCGACAAAAUCCUAAGGAAUGCAAUCAUUGGGAAACGCGCUAUAUGUUAUUGCUAUGGAUGUCAAUAUUGGUAUUGAAUCCAUUCCACAUGUCGCGUUUGGAUGCAUACACCAUAACCAGCAAUGAGUCAGCCCCAGCUAAUAACUGUGUUGACUCUGCAAAAUUGAUGAAUCCAACGCAGAACAAAUCCAAAAUGGAACGCAUUUUUGACCUCUGUAGAUUGUACACAUCCACGAGUGAUACAUGUAGUGAUAUUGCUGCAUAUUUGGCAGCGAAAUAUUUGGUGCGAGCCGACAUUAAAGAGGUCUACUUAGAGCGUUAUUUGGAUUGGGUGAUAAGCCAGCAUCAGUUAGAAACUUCUGAUGCUAAAUUCGGCGAAUUAGCUGCAAUAUCAGCAAUUUUAAAACACGGAAAACGUGAAGAUUUGAUACCUUAUGUGGACAAGCUGCUGAAGUGGGUAGUUGGCCUACAGUAUAAGGAUAGCAAUGACUUUCUCAAAUAUAAGAGCUACAUAAAGAUUGUGCAACGCAUUGGGUUGGUAUAUUUAAAACCAAGAUUGGCAGGUUGGCGGUAUAAGCGGGGAACACGUUCGCUGGCAAUGAACUUGAAUAAAACUAAUAGCGCAGCUACGGAUGAAAGAGCAAGCGGAAAUGAUCAAGAUCCUGAGGGUGAAGGCGGCGAUGGAGAAGAAAUAGUUGUGCCUGAUGCCAUCGAGGAAGUUAUUGAAGAAUUACUGCAAGCAUUGCGUAGCGGGGGCAGUGAUAUACGCUGGAGCGCUGCUAAAGGCGUAGGACGCGUCACCAAUCGUCUAUCCAAAGAGCUUGCAGAUGAAGUAAUUGGCUCGGUCAUAGACAUACUGAACCCAUUAGAACCACAUGAGGCUUGGCAUGGUGCUUGUUUAGCGUUGGCUGAGUUGGCAAAACGAGGACUACUUUUACCACACCGUUUGCGCACGUUGGUGCCCCUGUUGAUGCAAGCCCUAUUCUAUGACGAAAUGAAGGGCUAUAUGUCAGUUGGACAGCAUAUUCGUGAUUCCGCUUGUUAUAUGUGCUGGGCAUUUGCACGCGCAUACAAUCCGGCGGAUUUUCAACCAUUUGUCGAACAAAUAUCUUCGGGACUGCUGACAGUGGCUGUUUUUGAUCGUGAAAUAAAUUGUCGACGUGCCGCAGCUGCUGCCUUCCAAGAAAGCGUCGGUCGACUUGGAAAUUUUCCACAUGGAAUAGAAAUUUGCACAGCUACCGAUUUCUUUUCAGUAGGUAUGCGACAAAAUUCUUACUUGAAAGUCUCGGAUUUCAUCGCACAAUUUGAGGAGUACCAAAAACCCUUAAUCGAUCAUUUGGUUGAGAAAAAAGUAAAUCACUGGGACACUACAAUACGAGAAUUGGCAGCGAAGGCUUUGUAUAAUCUGACAUUUCGUGCGCCUGAAUACAUGUCUGCUGUAGUGCUAGGCCAACUUUUUGGAAAGACAGAAUCUAUUGACAUCAAUAUGCGACAUGGGACUGUUAUGGCCAUUGGUGAAAUAACGUUGGCGUUGAGCGAGAUUGAGCAAAAAGAAGAGGGGAUCGCAAGCAAAAAAUUGCUCACGAAUCAAUUGUUGUCCGAGCUCAAUGAAUUGUUGCCAACCUAUGUGCUGCGUGACUCGUUCCGCGGAAUGAGUGGUGAAAUAAUGAAGCACUGUUGCACAGAUUUCAUUAAGAAUUGCAGUAUGGCACGCAUAGAAACAUCAAAAAUGUGCCUGGAAUGCUGGCAGUAUAUUGUGGACAAAUGUUUGCUAAAUAAAGCUUUGGCAAUACGCGAGGGCGCAACUGAUGCCUUUGCGGAGCUUUGUAGAUCCUACUAUAAAGGCGAUGAGCAUGCUGCUACUAAUGCUGAAAUUAUUCAUGGCUAUCUAAAAGGUGCCAACAAUCACUUAGAAGAAUACAUACGAAUGGGUUAUAUAAGCGCUUUGGGCGCAUUGCCUGACUUUAUGAUAGCUCCACAUUUAGACGAUAUACUUGAGAGUCUGAUAAAACAUUCGCUCACACCAACACAAGCGGUUAUUACAACUGGUGAGAUGUUGAAUCAACAUGAGAAUCUUGUAACGGGUACGUGGAGUGAGUCAAGGCGUGAUAGUGUCAAGGCUCUCAGCCAUGUCGUCCACACAUUGGGCUUCGAUAAAAAUACUGAAGUCUCCUUUGGCAAUCCAAAGUACUUUAACAAAGUUGUGGAUUGCUUUCUGCAGUCCUUGGAUGAAUAUACAUUAGAUAACCGUGGUGACAUUGGCGCUUGGGUGCGCGAGGCGGCAAUGAAUGCGCUCUUCCAAUUAAUCACGACUUGCCCAAAGGAAUUACUACAGCCCGAGCAGGUUCACAAAAUUAUACUUGGCUUCAUGCAACAGGCUGUUGAGAAAAUAGAUCGCACACGUGGCCUGGCCGGGCGUUUGUUUUGCCAGAUAAUAACCACCACGCCACAUAUACCACAUAUUCGCCAUCAUGCGCGUUUACUAGAGGUAUUCCCUGCGGAUUUCAAUAGUGUAUUGUGGCUAU